AAUAACAAUAACAAUAAAUUAACAGUAACAUUUUCCAAUUUAUCGGUCUAUUUGUUUUUGCACCCCUAAUUAAAGCAGCUGCCUAUACAUGGUGAAAGCUAGUUGUCAAUAGCUCAAUUGCCAAUCUUUUUGGCUCUCUCUUUCUCUCAGCUAUCAGUUUCAUCUGAUUAGGGAAUACAUGGGGUCCGAAGGGCCUUCACCUGUGACUGUACACGUGACUGGAUUCGGGAAAUUUCAUGGAGUUUCUGAUAAUCCAACAGAAACCAUUGUAGGUAAUCUUACAGAUUAUAUGAAGAAAAGGGGUAUGCCCAAAGGUCUAAUCCUUGGGAGUUGCAGCAUCCUUGAUUCUGCAGGCCAGGGAGCUAUAGUUCCCUUGUACCAGACUCUGCAAGCUGCUUUAAGAGGUGGUGACUCGGAGUCAUCUAAUUCCAGGAGAGUUAUUUGGGUACACUUUGGAGUUAAGAGUGAUGCCACAAUGUUUGCCAUAGAGAAUCAGGCUGUCAAUGAAGCUACUUUCUGUUGUCCAGAUGAGAUGGGAUGGCAGCCUCAGAAACUCCCUAUUGUUCCUGCAGAUGGGGCAAUUUCGCGAAAAAGAGAGACUUCUCUUCCCGUGGAGGAAAUGACCAAGGUAUUGGCGGAGAUGGGAUAUGAAGUAAUGACCUCUCAUGAUGCAGACCGAUUUGUAUGCAAUUAUGUAUACUACCACUCCUUGCGUUUUGCAGAGCAGAAUGACCUCAGAUCGCUGUUUGUACACGUGCCCCUCUUCCUAACUAUAGACGAGGAGACACAAAUGCAGUUUGCUGCUUCUCUGCUGGAGCUACUCGCCUCUUUAUACUAGUCUUCCCUCCAUAUCUGUGUCCGUAAGUGUAUUUGCCUUGUUACUUAUGCUGUGUAUGCAGAAGAAAGUUGAUUUGGAUAUAAAUGUCAUAGAUCUUGCUAGUAGAAAUAGUUGGGUAGAUAUCAGGUUUUACGUUUGUAAAAUAAUAUAUGCUAGUGACUAGGCACUAAAGAAAUCGAUAGCUUUGGUUUAGAUUCUGUAUGGUUGUAUUAAAAAUUUAUCAAACAUGUAUACAUAUUUUACUACAAAUAUAGUUAUUACUAGAACAAGCUA